AACACGAUAAAGUUGAAUUAUUGUUUUUGAAUAGUACACAGUAAUACAGGUUAUGUAUCAUAAUUAAAUAAAUCGAGGACAUGUAGUUAACAGGAAAACCGCUGUGAAGCCGAAAGGUUUCUAACCAAUGUUACAUCCAGUGAGCUUGCCAAAGUAAGAGGUAUUCCUUCCGGGUUACACAAAUCAAAUGCAGAAACAGUACAAUGGCUAAUGCUGCAAAUAUAAACGCUGUUCGAGAGACUAUGGAUGUUCUUCUGGAGAUCUCAAGGCUUUUGAACACUGGCUUGGACAUGGAGUCACUUUCCAUUUGUGUUCGCCUUUGUGAGCAAGGAAUCAAUCCAGAGGCCCUUUCUUCUGUAAUAAAGGAGCUCCGUAAAGCUUCAGAGGGAUUAAAGACAUCUGAAAACAGUACAAGCUAAGGAAGACAGAGAUAACCUUGUAUGAACAAACCAGACAAUGUCACCGGCUCCAUCCACAAAGCUGAAAAACCUGCCUGAAUAAAGGAAGCUUUGUGCAUCUCUAAAGGAGUUACACGAAAUAUUUCUGUUUCACCAGAUACCAUCUAGGUAUUUCUAAAAGUGCUUCUGAAUGAAUGUGACAAUGUGAUUCAUGCUUUCUACCACGGAGGUAUUUUCUUGAUAAUAUACUGUUAAUGUUGUCACAGUAUUUCAACCUUACUGUUAAGUGGCAUGUACCCAAUGUUGAAAAUGAAAGCACAUUGUAACCUCUCUUUAAUUGCAUAAGAUGCCAUGUCAAUGCACAAUAUAGGCUACAUUUGGAUCUAACUUAUUUUUAUUUUGGAAAUCUUUUCGUUUUGAUCUUUCUGCAAUUGAUUUAUAUAUUGAAUGGAAUUAAAUUACAUAUUUAAAGAAUAAUAACUGUAUAAGGAAUCAUUUCCAUUGCUAUAUAACAGACUUGGGUGGGGUGCUGUUGUGCACUUGCAUGCUUUCUUUACUGCAAUGUGCUCCAAAUGUCGAUUCCUAACCGUUACUGCAACACAACAUCUCCACCUGCUUGCUUUUUAUUCCUACAGCCACCAAUGUUCAUGCAUUCAAUUAACUAAUACAAUAAGAAACCUUAAGCUAUAAACAGAAUAACUGGUAAGACUACCAUUGUACUGCCACUGAUCUUAUUUGGUCACACCUGGGCUUAAUUAGACGUAUCUUAGGGCAGGGUGUCCCAAACUGGUAGAAGAGCAGCAAGAUAGUUUCAAGGGGGCUGAAGCAUAUAGAUAAAUAUUCUGUCCGUGAUACCUGUCAAAGCAAUGCUCCUCAGGCCAGGGUAUAGAUAAAUAUACAUGAACGCUGCAGUUGGGUGAUUUUGAACCUAACACUGGGCUACCUUGAUGUCAGCUCUAUCGUACAUUAUAACCUUUACUUGCUAAAACUAUUGUACAAUAAAAAGGGGAGAUUGGUAAUCGAAACAUAGUGACACGUUUCUAUGGAUUGACUGUGUGGGGCUCUGCUCAGUCAAAAUGCUUAAUAAUUAUUAUUUAUUUCUUAGCAAACACCCUUAUCCAGGGCGACUUACAAUUGUUACAAGGUAUCACAUUAUUUUUUACAUACAAUUACCCAUUUAUACAGUUGUUUUUUUUUUUUUUUUUACUGGAGCAAUCUAGGUAAAGUACCUUGCUCAAGGGUACAGCAGCAGUGUCCCCACCCGGAAUUGAACCCACAACCCUCCGGUUAAGUCCAGAGCCCUAACCACACUGCUGCCCUUAAUGUUAUUGGGGGGGCCGCCAUGUACAGUCAUGACUUCACUGAGUCAACCUGAAAAGGAUUUUGCAGCAGAAACUUCCGAAAACAAUUUCAAGUUGUGACAGUGAAUCAUAUUUUAUGAUUUCCACUAGGUGGUGCAAGUUAUCAGUAGAGUUGUUUUCAGUGUAUAGCUACGUCUAAAGGUUUUGCAUCACCCUAUAGAAUUAACUAAUUUUGCUUCAUAAAGUUGAAUGAAAACUGCUGAAUAAUGUUACGUUAACAUGCUGAAUUACAUGUCUCUUUGUAGUUUUCCAUACAUUUCACGAGAAACUGAUAAAUAAAAAAAUUUGACAUUUCAAAAUCUGAGAUGAAGUACUGUACUACUAUUAUGGCUUCCGGUAGACUUUAACAAUGUUAUUUUGUUGUUUCUUUGAUUACAUGAUGUUAAAUUAAAUGACACUCAUACUGCUGA